CAAGGCUCAUAAAGCACAAACUGGUUGACCCCGUGGAGAACCUGGAAGACUAUAUCUGUAAGAAACAUAAGAAACCACUGGAGAUGUUUUGCAGAGACCAUCAGACCUGUCUGUGUCUGGUUUGCACUGAAACAGAACAUAAGACUCAUAACGCUGUUCCCAUAAAGGAAGAGAGUGGACACAAGAGGAGCACCACUGAGAAAAAUAAAGCAAAUAAAGUUGAGCUGUUCACUGAUCUGAUCCGCUCCAUUGAGAGAUGUCGGGAUGAGCUGCUGGAGGUGAUGGAGCAGAAGCAGAAAGCAGCAGAAACACAGGCUGAAGAGUUCAUUAGAGAGCUGGAGCAGGAAAUCAGUGAGCUCAAGAAAAGAGACACUGAGCUGGAGCAGCUCUCACACACUGAUGAUCACCUACAUCUCCUACAGGUCUACUCAUCUGUGUGCACCCCCCCAGAAGUCAAGACCUGGAUGAACAUCAACAUUAACACUGGUCUACUCAACACAGAAUUUCUGGAUAAAGCUCUUACUUGCCUCCAGGAAAAAGUCAACAAGGAUCUAAAAAAAAUCCAUGAGAUCACUCAACCUUCUUUUAUUCGCGGAUUCAACUUUGUUCCACCGACAUCACAACCUUCAGCCAAUGGGAUAUUUGAAUUUGGCAGCACUAACACAGACUGUGUUUCCUCCCAUCCUUCACUUGUACCUAAAAGUUCUUCGGCUAUGGAGAAAAAAGAUCAAACGGUUACUGUGAGAACACAGCAGGGCAUCCCGACAGAGAUUUUAGAUGCUAAAACAAGCAAUGUUCAGACAGAGGGCAAAAUCUACUUUACUCUGGGUAAAACAGACUGCAGCACUCACUCAACGAAGAGAGCAGGAAAGAUGAACAAACAAGUGAAGGUCUCACAAUUCAGUGCGCGUUCUCCAGUAGCAGAUCUGAGUACAAUACAGAAACUUUAUGCAGUGAUUGUGGUUUUGGAUCCUAAUACAGCUUACCCUAGACUCAAGCUGUCUAAAAACAGGAAACAAGUGAGUUAUGGAGAAUCCUGGGGAGAUGUUCCCAAUAACCCUGAGAGAUUUGACUCCUCCGCUUGCGUCCUGGGAAAUGAUGGGUAUUCCUGUGGAAGGUUUUACUUUGAGGUCCAAGUUAGUGAUAAGACUGAAUGGGAUUUGGGUAUGGCUCGAGGAUCCAUCCACAGAAAAGGGAAAAUAACAGUGUGCCCAGAGAAAGGAUUUUGGUGUAUUUGGCUAAGAAAUGGAUGUGAAUAUGUGGCUAAUGAAUCUAGACCGGUUUCCAUAUCCCUAAAAGACAAGCCCCAGAAGGUGGGGGUGUUUGUGGAUUAUGAGGAGGGUCUGGUUUCCUUCUACAAUGUGGGGACCAAAGCUCUUAUAUACUCCUUUACUGGCCACUCAUUCACAGAGAAAAUCUAUCCAUUUUUCAGCCCUUGCAACAAAAGAGGACAUAUUAACUCAAAGCCUCUGAUUAUCCAUACUGUUGGUUAGUCUAAUUAAAAUACAAUCUACAUUCCUUUAAAGAAAUCAUUAAUACAACGACAGAUAUUGCUCAGUUGACACAUACCCCCUUAAGAUUGAAGUUAGGACCUACAGUAGCACAAAAAAACAACAACAUAAUGAACCCAAAGGUGUUGUUGCAUUAACUAGUUGAGUGUUUUUUUGUUGUCAUGUGUUUGUUUACUAUUUACGAACAUGAAAUAUAAAUUUCAUACCUUGCUAGGUAAAUGUAAAGUUCAAGAACAAGUGCUUUGUUGCAUUUGGAACAAUCAGAAACAAAGCUGUUCAUUAGAUUUAACAAAUAAAUUAUUCAUUGACAGAUCUAAUGUCGUGUCGUAGUGAUGACGCACAUUGUCGCGCGACUCUUUUACUGGCUGUUUUGGAGGAAGAUCAAUGUUUGCGACAAAAAAAAUAUGUGCAAACUGUAAUGAAGCAGAGAUCAGUUUGUUCCUCACUUUCUGUGCUGACGCUGAGAUCGUUUACCAGCUUGAGUGAAAGAAUAACGUGCCUAGCAUUUUCGACUCCUACAUUACAUGUCACGCCCUGAUGUCACAUGUCGUUUCGGGACCUUUACGGGUUGUGUGUGAAAGCACGCACAUAUCCCGGGUAAUCACUGGCAAUGUGAAGGUGCAAAAUCUAGUGACCCGGGAACAAUUGCCGGAACAAUUUACCCAUAUAUUUGCCGGAAUCUCAGUGUGAAAGGGGUUUAAAACAGACACAUAUUGCUAUAGGAAAUUAAUUUUUUCAUUAAUUCAUAAACAAUUUUUUCUCAGACUUUCCUAUCAUGCAUAUCCUCAGGUCUUUGUGUACCUCCUUGUAUAUGGUCUUGUGUAUUACUAUUUUAUGCAUGCAUAUAGAUCAUGUAAACUCAUCUAUACCAUGUAUGGUCUCCAUGUUUUCUUUUUCCGAUGAUCUAAUUGAGAGUGUAUAUUAUAUGUUUAUACCUGUGCUGUAACACAUUAGUGUUCUAAGAAUAUUUAGUAGUCUUUGCAUUAACAUCCAAUCCAGUUACAUAUGCAAAUUAGCAUGUUACAUCAUAAUCUAAUUGCAUAGACAUAAAAUAUUAAUAAUUAUCUUGCUGAUUGUACAUUGCACAUUGUA